AUGCCCUCGCUCAUUGCUCAUUGUGUCCUGUACAUUACGACCAGUCUCCCGCCCGCAGCACCUCAGCGAAAAUUUUUAGCCAGUUCAAUCUCGUUCAGACCUCUUUCAUACUUAUCAACGAUCACUGUCAAGAUGGCUACUCCAAAGAUUGUCAAGAAGUACACCAAGAAGUUCAAGAGACACCACUCUGACAGAUACCACAGAGUUGGUGAGAGCUGGAGAAAGCAGAAGGGUAUUGACUCUUGUGUCAGAAGAAGAUUCAGAGGAACCAUUCCUCAACCAAACAUUGGUUACGGUUCCAACAAGAAGACCAAGCACAUGAUCCCAUCUGGCCACAGAGUCUACCUUGUCAGAAACGUCAACGACUUGGAUGUUUUGUUGAUGCACACCAAGACUUACGCUGCUGAGAUUGCUCACAACGUCUCCUCUAAGAACAGAGUUGACAUUGUUUCUAAGGCCAAGUCUCUCGGUGUCAAGGUGACCAACCCUAAGGGUAGAGUUUCCUUGGAGGCUUAA